GGUAAACGCACCGUCGGUGCCUGUCGAUACGCUCCGGCCUCCCUCAUAGUACCAAGGGUUAGGGUUUCGCUUCUCCAGAAGGGUGAUCUCUCAGCGUUUCCUGUUACCUAGUGAUCUUUUAGUCUCUAGGGAUUCCUCGUUGAGAUGGGCAUCGCCGAUAUCCAGGCGGCAAUCAACUCCAUCCCUGCCAAGAAGGAGGAUCUACGUAAGGCUUUCGAGGAACUAGAAUCAUAUUCCUCCUCCUUCACCUCGUUCACUCUGCAGUGGAGGGAUAUCGAUGACCAUCUCUCCGUUAUCGAGAAGUCCAUCGACAAGAGGUUCCGGGAACUCAAGGCAAAGCCGGCGCCAGAGAAGCCCACUGCCCCUGUUUCGGCAGCGAAUGCGAAGGUGGGUCAAGAUAGGCCGGUGAUUGAGCCUCGUACGGAUCUCAAGUACCACUGUGUUAAGAUGGACGCUAUGGGCCUGAAAUCGUGCAUUAUUGAUCGGAAGGACAAUGCGGCGGUGCGUAGAGAACUCGGCCCCGCCCUUCUGUGUUCGCCCGACCCAGUAAAGCUGGUACUGGAUUCGUUCGAGGGCUUUGUAUCGUCUAGCGGAAAGACGCAAAGCGAGAAUCAGACGAUCAGGAAGACUUAUUUGGUUAUCUUGGAGUGCUUUCAUGGAUUGAAGUUGGAAGUCAAGCAUUCAGACAAGGAGAGGGCGAGGCGGGUGGCGAAAGACUGCUACGAUUUAAUUAAGAUUCAGAAAAAUGACCAUAAUCGUCAAAUUAUAUUUAAUAGUGAAAAAAAGGAGAAAAAUCACCAUGUGGUUGUGUUAAUGGUUUUUUUGCGUCUGAUUGUUACGUUUGGGUUGCUCGAGUAUUUUGCGAUUGGUGAUAUUUUGGAUGUUCUAGUCACGGUGGCCAGUAAGAAGAAUAUUGUUGAUCUAUGCAGGCAUUCUGCACUUGAAGAAAAGUUACCUGAUUUGAUUAACAAGUUGAACAAGAAGGGGAGGCAACUAGAUUCUGUCAAAUUUGUUCUCGCUUUCAAUUUACAGCACAAGUUUCCACCUGCAUCUCUUUUUGAGGCUUAUAUAAAGGAAGCCGGUAAGGGUUUUCAGAAAAGGGCACUGCAGGGAAAAAAUUCUGCCCAGCUCAAGUCUAAAGCCAUCUCAGAACAGAUUAUUGCUGUUAGAGCAGUAAUCAGAGCUGUGAAGGAAUUCAAUCUAGGAGAUCUAUACCCCCUCGGGAGUCUUCAGAAUCGCGUUCAACAGCUUAAAAAGCAGAGGUUAGAGAAGGAAAAACAGUGGUUAGAAAAUAAAGGAAUGUCGGUCCUUCCCGACGACCAGAACCAAAAUCAGAACCAGAAUCAGAAUCAGCAUCAACAACCUAACAAGCGGCCUCGGCCAUCGGAUUCUUCUGCAACUGUUCUUCGUCCAUUGCCCCCACAUUCCCAAAUUCAGCCUCAACCUGGGCCGGUAAAUUCUGCACCAACUGUUCUUCGUCCGCACCCACAUUCCCAAAUUCAGCCUCAACCUGGGCCGGUAAAUUCUGCACCAACUAUUCUUCCUGGGCACCCGCACUCCGAAAAUCGACCGCAGUUGGGUCUGGUUGAUCCAUCUGCUUAUAUGGGUUUGGUUAGCUCGUAUGGCUCGGCUGCGGCUCCACCCUUUUAUGGUCUUGGCAAUCCCAUUGGACUUGUCGGGUCUCUCGGGCCACUCCCAUAUGGUGGCUACCCCGGUUCAGGCUUUCCUCCUUAUAAUCGACCACCCUAUCCUUGAUGCUCUGGAGGCAUAUAUUCUUCCCAUCUUCAGUCUUAAGAUAGAACUUGCUUUUAGUCGAUGAGUUUGAUUGAUUUAAAGGUGAUGAGAUGGCUAGCUGAUUAAUCCAUUUGUGAUAAAGGGAUCAAUAUGGAUCGUACGAUGAAGUACUUUGGAUUAUAUUAGAAUGUAUAUAUAAUUGGAGAUUUGAAGUAUUGAGAGAUGGGAAAAGUUCUGUUGCAUUUUUCGACUAUCACAAUUGAUGAUCUCUACUAGCAAUCGUCGUCACCAUUUCUGUACUCCUAUUAAGAUCUAUCUUUUGUUGUUGGGUUUGUAAUUGUCCGCUUAUGAAUAUCCAAAGUUCGUCUACCUAUAAUGAAAAUCAAUCAAUUAUUAUCAGUA